UCUGUUUUCUUUUCUUCUUCUAUCAAGCAGAAUUGUCAAGCUUUCCGGGUCGCGAGUAAUUUGCUGUGCUGUAAAAUACGCGUAGUUUUCUCUGUUUGUUUGUACGUCGUGGGGUUGGAAAAUGAGAAGCCUGUUGCCGAAAUAUUAAUUUCCCAGGGAAAAAAAACUCCUUAUCAGCGAGCACAUACUGUCAUCUUGCGCGAUUCCGUUGUCCCCGCGACUAACUCGCAAUCCGCACAUCACUGUGCGUAUUACCCCGCCCUGCGUCGGUGCAUUUGCAGAGUCAACUUUUUCGGAGCCAUUUGACCCACUCGCAUCGCAAUGUGGAAAUCAACGGCCGGUCGCGAUAUUGACACGAGCGCCGUCAACCAAGGAGCCGAGGAUGACGACUGGGAAACGGAUCCGGAUUUCGUAAACGAUGUCAGCGAGCAGGAGCAACGAUGGGGCUCGAAAACGAUCGAAGGCAGUGGCCGCAAUGCGGCCGCCAUCGACAUGCAACAGCUGCGCGAAGAAACGGAACGUGCCGAUGCGGAGAAGAAGCGCAAAGAUGGACCAAAAGCAUCGCACGGGUACGGGGGAAAGUUUGGAGUGGAAAAGGACCGAAUGGAUAAGUCUGCCGUCGGUCAUGAACACAUCGAGAAGGUGGAGAAGCACGCUUCGCAGAAAGACUACGUGUCCGGGUUCGGGGGCAAGUUCGGGGUGCAGAAGGAUCGGGUCGAUAAGUCGGCACUCGGGUGGGACCACGUGGAGAAAGUGGACAAGCACGAGUCGCAGAAAGAUUACAAGACGGGCUUCGGUGGCAAGUUUGGCGUGCAACAGGACCGUCAGGAUAAGUCGGCCGUCGGGUGGGAUCACAUGGAGGCACCACAGAAACACGAAAGCCAGAUCGAUCACAAAGUGGGCUUCGGAGGGAAAUUUGGCGUUCAGAGCGAUCGCAAGGAUAAGUCCGCUUUCGGCUGGGAUCAUGUGGAGAAACCACAGAUGCACGAAAGCCAGCUCGAUCACAAAAUUGGCUUCGGUGGAAAGUUUGGCGUGCAGAAUGAUCGAAUGGAUAAAUCGGCGGUCGGGUUCCAGGAGCAGGAUAAAAUCGGUACGAACUAUACGAAGGUAAAACCGGACAUCGGAUCCGCAAAGCCGUCCAAUUUGCGGGCCAAGUUUGAAAACUUUGCUGCCACCGCCGAGGAAGAGGCGCGGAAGCGAGCCGAAGAGCAAAAACGUUUGCGCGAGGAAAAGGAUCGCCGUGAUAGGGAAGAGGCCGCCAAACGGGUGAAUUAUUCUGCCGAAUCAACGGAACCGAAGAAACCGGAACGGAAGGGGCCCAUCAACACGGGCAGGGAAGCCGGUGUCAGCAGCGCUAUCAGCAAUUUUAACAAACCCCAAGAAAAUGCCUCACAGGAAAAAUCGAGAAAAGAUCCAAUUGUACUGCCCAAGGAAGAGGAACCGCGCAAGCUGGUGCAGCCGGACGUAAUUCCUGCUUCAGAGUCUACUUCGGUGCUAGCGGAAGAAGUGAAGCAGCCGGUAGUACCCGAACCAGAACAGGUACAGGAACCGGCACCAGUUGCUCGAACGUCGUACAGCGCCACUCCGGUUGCAGUGUCGGAAGUAGAGGAACCGGCUGCCAAAGCAUUUUCCACUGCCUCCGGACAGGCGGCGGAAGUCGAGCAGCAGCAGCAGCAGCAGCCGGUGCAGGAAGAAGUUGAAGAAUUCGUUCUCUCUCCGGACAAUCCGGGCAUUCAAGCGAUUGCGCUGUACGAUUAUCAAGCCGCAGCGGACGAUGAAAUAUCCUUCGAUCCGGACGAUAAGAUAACGCACAUCGAAAUGAUCGAUGAAGGUUGGUGGCGAGGAUGGUGCAACAACAAGUAUGGACUGUUUCCGGCAAAUUACGUACAGUUGCUGCAAUGAAUCGUGCUGAAAGUCGUCGGUCAGAUCAAGGCACUAUUUUGCAUUUACGCAGUUCCGUACACGCAUUGAUGGGACACAUUCUUAACAUUCUUUUUAACGAUUUGCUUUUUUUAUUGUCAUACUUUGUAGAACGUAUUUUCAUCAAAGUUGGGUGAAACUGCAUUCCUUUUACCUUUCUCUUCGAUCUUCGAUCACGUAUCACGUUCUUCCGUAGUACUGUAGUAUCAUUUUUGUUCAUUAACUCCCCGAAUAAUGGCAAAUUAAACUGUGUCCAGGGGAUGGGAAAAUGUAUUUUGCGAUGAGCCCCUAGAAUUGCGAUCGCUUGCACGAUGUGCUCGUAUUAGGUAGAAAAAGCCAACGAAGAUGGACAACCAGCGAAAAGUAGGUGGGGUUGGUACAAUAGACGCCGUCGACUAGCAAACUCGUUCGUGUUAGUUGUGCUGAAAAUUUUCGCAUUUGCAAUUGAUAUGUCGGAUCGUUUUAAGCGAAAAUAGUUGAACAAAAUAAAAUACAUUAACUCCAUCUGUGUA